AAUUCAGCUAACCAAACAAGCUUUGUUGCAAGAAGCUAGGCUCAACAAAUAUGUAUCUUACCGUUCCCUUCUCCAAAUAAUUUCCCCCCCCCAAUAAAUUAUCAAAAGGCAAAAAUAAUAAGAGAAGAAAAAAAGGUCCCCAUUCCCGUAAAUUGUAUUUUGCUGCUAUUUCUUCCUUUCAGUUUUGCUGUAAUUGUAAAUUGCAAUUCACCGACGACAGUCACCGUAUUCAGAAUGAAUUAGAAGGUCAAUUUCAGGGAUCUUAGAUUUCGUUUUAGAGGAUAAAAAGGCGAAAAGAAUCAGUAACUCCAGCAACCUAUAGUGUAAUUGCAAUAUGACAAAUUGGCUUGUGCUCAGCGGUAAUUGCUCAAGCAGUAAGAUUAGUCUUAAUGGUAAUCAAUGGGUGGAGAAACAGAAAGAAGGCUGUUGGGGUCUUCCACCCAUACACCAACGACGGAGGUGGUGGAGAACGAGUCUUGUGGUGCGCCGUGAAAGCAAUCCAAGAUGAAAACCCAAAUCUAGAUUGUGUCAUAUAUACAGGAGAUCAUGAUGCUUCUCCUGACAGCCUUACUGGUCGUGCCCUUGAUCGAUUUGGAGUCAAAUUAAUCCACCCUCCUAAGGUGGUCCAUCUGCAUAAGAAAUGGGUCGAAGAAACCACUUACCCUCGUUUCACAGUGAUUGGUCAAAGCUUUGGAUCGAUUUACCUUGCUUGGGAAGCUUUGUGCAAAUAUACACCUUUAUAUUACUUUGAUACCAGUGGAUAUGCUUUUACUUAUCCAGUUGCCCGUGUAUUUGGAUGCAAAGUUUUUCGCUAUACUCAUUAUCCAACUAUCAGUUUAGACAUGCUGUCUCGUGUUCGUGGGCGCAGCUCAAUGUACAACAAUGAUUCCUUGAUUGCCAAAAGUGCGCCACUAUCCCGGUUCAAGGUCAUUUAUUAUACAUUGUUUAGCUGGCUAUAUAGCAUCGUUGGUUCCUGUGCACACCUUGCAAUGGUUAAUUCUUCAUGGACUCAAUCUCAUAUCGGGAAGCUGUGGGGAAUAAGAGCUCGAAUUAGGCGUGUGUAUCCUCCUUGUGAUACUUCUAGGCUCCAGGCGCUUCCACAAAAGUCAAUGAAGCCUCCAAAGAUAGUAUCUGUGGCUCAGUUCCGUCCAGAGAAGGCACACCCACUCCAACUUGAGGCGUUUGUAGUUGCCCUCAAAAAGUUAGACCAAGAUCUGCCAAGGCCGAAAAUCCAACUAGUGGGUAGUUGUAGGAAUGAAGCGGAUGAGACAAGGUUGCAAAAUUUGAAGGAUCUAGCCAUUAAACUGGAUGUGGAUGAUCAUGUUGAGUUCCAUAAGAAUGUCUUGUACAGUGAUUUGGUCAGACUUCUGGGUGGUGUUGUAGCUGGAAUCCAUUCCAUGACAGAUGAGCACUUCGGCAUAAGUGUGGUGGAAUACAUGGCUGUUGGCGCUAUACCAAUUGCACAUAAUUCAGCUGGGCCAAGGAUGGAUAUUGUGUUACCAGAAGAUGGAAAGAAAACUGGAUUUCUUGCCCAGAGUGUAGAGGAAUAUGCUGACGCCAUCAUUGAAGUCAUUAAGAUGACAGAGAAUGAGAGGCUGGAGAUGGCUGCUGCUGCUAGGAAACGAGCCUCCAUGUUUUCAGAGCAAAGGUUUUUUGAAGAUUUUAAGGCUGCUGUACGACCAAUCUUUUAUGAUGGUACCAAAUGAUUACAAAAUCUUUAUUUCCAUAAAUACAAGAGAUCAAUUUUGUUUCACCAUAGUUAGACUUUGUCUUAUCUUUUUUUUUUUUUUUGUUAGUUUUCUUUGUAUUUUAAUUUUAUAAAUUUUCGUUUUGAUUGUACUUGUGCUCUUCGGCUUCAACCUUAAAGUUACUGAUUGAAGGAAAAAGAGUUUGCCUCCAGUUUGGUGGUUAGAAUUGAAGAAA